CUCGCUCUCGUAUGUAUGUAUACUACCAGUAAUUAUUUUGUCUGCUCCUACUUCUGCCUCUCUCUCUCCUCUUCACAAUCCGUAGAAGAACAAGAAGUGGAGAGAGAAACAACAAACACACUCCUCCUCCUCUGUGUGCCCCUCUCUCUCUCUCUCUCUCCAGAGAGAAAAGUACCAAAACCCUAUCGAUCUGGCUUAAACACACACAAAGCAUCUGACAAAGAUCUUCUUAUUUCCAGCUGCCAAAUGUCGUCGUUGAGUCGAGAACUCGUGUUCCUCAUACUUCAAUUUCUCGAUGAAGAAAAAUUCAAAGAUGCCGUGCACAAAUUGGAGCAAGAAUCAGGAUUCUACUUCAAUAUGCGGCAUUUCGAGGAAAUGGUGACAAACGGGGAAUGGGAUGAAGUAGAAAAAUAUUUAUCUGGAUUUACUAAGGUUGAUGAUAAUAGAUAUUCGAUGAAAAUCUUCUUUGAGAUUCGAAAGCAGAAAUACCUAGAAGCCCUAGAUAAAAAGGAUCGUGCCAAAGCUGUGGACAUAUUAGUGAAGGACUUGAAAGUGUUUUCAGCAUUUAAUGAAGAUCUAUUUAAGGAAAUAACACAGCUAUUAACUUUAGAGAAUUUCAGAGAUAAUGAGCAGCUAUCAAAAUAUGGGGAUACUAAGUCUGCAAGGGGUGUGAUGCUUGCGGAACUCAAAAAGUUAAUUGAAGCAAACCCCCUAUUUCGUGAUAAAUUAAACUUCCCAACUUUAAGAAAUUCUAGAUUGAGGACACUAAUAAACCAGAGUUUAAAUUGGCAGCAUCAGCUUUGUAAAAAUCCAAAGCCUAAUCCUGACAUCAAGACCCUAUUUAUUGACCAUUCCUGUGGACAAUCACAGCCAAAUGGUGCAAGGGCUCCAUCUCCUGUGACAAAUGCUCUAAUGGGCGGGCUACCAAAACCAGCAGGAUUUCCACCUUUGGGUGCUCAUGGUCCAUUUCAGCCAGCUCAAGGUCCCUUGCCGACAUCUCUCACUGGCUGGAUGUCCAAUCCAGCCCCAGUAGCCCAUGCAUCUGCUUCAGCUGGUCCCAUUGGUUUCAAUUCAUCAAAUAAUGCAGCAGCUUUGUUGAAGCGGCCAAGGACUCCUCCUAGCAAUAGUGCAGCCAUUGACUACCAGACGGCAGAUUCUGAACAUGUAUUGAAGAGAUCAAGACCUUUUGGAUUAUCAGACGAUGUACAACAGGUUAACAACCUGCCUGUCAAUAUAUUACCUGUCGGAUACACGAGUCAGAAUCAUGGUCAGAGCUCAUUCUCAACUGAUGAUUUGCCCAAGGCCGUUGUUAUGACUCUGAGUCAGGGUUCAGCAGUUAAGAGUAUGGAUUUCCAUCCGUUGCAGCAAAUUUUACUUCUUGUUGGAACUGCCACUGGAGAUGUCAUAUUGUGGGAAUUAGGAACUCGUGAAAAGCUUGCUCAAAGAAAUUUCAAGGUUUGGGAACUCAAGUCAUGUUCGAUGCCAUUGCAGGCAUCUCUAGCAAAUGACUAUACUGCAUCAGUUAAUCGUGUCAUCUGGAGUCCUGAUGGCACACUUUUUGGUGUUGCAUACUCCAAGCACAUUAUCCAUUUGUACGCUUACCAUGGUGGUGACAACCUGCAAGAUAAGUUAGAGAUUGAGGCUCAUGUUGGCAGUGUAAAUGAUAUUGCUUUCUGUUUUCCAAAUAAACAACUCUGCAUCGUUACUUGUGGGGAAGACAGACUGAUUAAGGUGUGGGAUGCCAACACAGGGGCCAAACAAUAUGCCUUUGAGGGUCAUGAAGCUGCAGUAUACUCUGUCUGCCCACAUUACAAGGAAAACAUUCAGUUUAUAUUUUCAACUGCGACUGAUGGAAAGAUAAAAGCAUGGUUGUAUGACAAUGUGGGUUCAAGAGUUGAUUACGAUGCACCAGGUCAUUCAUCCACUGCUUUGGCUUACAGUGCUGAUGGAACAAGGCUGUUCUCAUGUGGGACAAAUAAAGAAGGUGAUUCCUACAUAGUAGAAUGGAACGAAAGCGAAGGAGCUGUAAAACGCACAUAUAUUGGGCUUGGGAAGCGAUCUGUGGGGGUUGUCCAGUUUGAUACUACCAAAAAUCGUUUUUUGGCUGCUGGCGAUGAGAAUAUGGUAAAAUUCUGGGAUAUGGACAGUGUUAACCUAUUGACAACCACUGAUGCAGAGGGUGGUUUACAAGCUUCUCCCUGUGUCCGAUUCAAUAAGGAAGGAAUAUUGCUAGCCGUUUCUACAAAUGAUAAUGGCAUAAAAAUUCUAGCAAAUACAGAUGGUAUAAGGCUACUGCGAACAGUUGAAAGUCGUUCGUUUGAUUCUCCUAAGAUCGGCGCAGGAGCCAUGGUGAAGCCCCCUUCUAUGGGCACAUUUGGUGCUUCUAAUGCAACUGUUGCAGCGAAUCUUGUAGACCGGGUUGCACCAAUGGCAUCCAUGGUUGCACUAAAUGGUGACAAUCGCAAUUUGCCAGAUGUGAAACCCAGAAUAACAGACGAAUCUAUCGAUAAAUCUAGAGCUUGGAAACUGAUUGAAAUCAAUGAACCAUCACAAUGUCGUUCUCUGAGGCUACCUGAUAACAUAUCAGCAAUGAGGGUUUCAAGGUUGAUAUAUACAAACUCAGGGGUAGCUAUAUUGGCACUAGCAGCAAAUGCUGUCCACAAGCUCUGGAAGUGGCAAAGAAAUGAACGAAAUACUUCUGGAAAGGCAACUGCUAGUAUUGCACCUCAACUGUGGCAGCCAACCAGUGGAAUUUUAAUGACGAAUGACAUCAGUGACAGAAAUCCUGAGGAUGCAGUUCCGUGCUUUGCAUUGUCUAAGAAUGAUUCUUAUGUCAUGUCAGCUUCUGGAGGGAAAAUCUCUCUAUUCAAUAUGAUGACAUUUAAGACUAUGACAACGUUCAUGCCGCCUCCACCAGCAGCGUCUUUUCUAGCAUUUCACCCACAAGACAACAAUAUUAUUGCAAUAGGCAUGGAGGACUCUUCUAUCCAAAUAUACAAUGUCCGAGUCGAUGAGGUCAAAACAAAACUAAAAGGACAUCAUAAAAGAAUCACAGGUCUUGCUUUUUCAAAUGUUCUUAAUGUGCUCAUAUCUUCAGGUGCUGAUUCUCAGCUAUGUGUUUGGAGCACAGAUGGAUGGGAAAAACAAACAAGUAGACAAUUGCAAAUUCCAGCAGGUCGGGCUGCAGCUCCCCUUGCUGAUACCCGUGUGCAAUUUCACCAGGAUCAGACCCAUCUGAUAGCAGUCCAUGAAACACAGAUAGCAAUUUAUGAAGCACCUAAACUUGAAUGCCUCAAGCAGUGGGUUCCGCGAGAAGCAAGUGGUCCAAUCACCCAUGCUACAUAUUCUUGUGAUAGCCAAUCCAUAUAUGUGAGCUUUGAAGAUGGAAGUGUGGGUGUUCUAACUGCUACAUCACUGCGAUUGCGAUGUCGAAUUAAUCCUGCAUCAUACCUGCCCGCAAAUCCAAGUUUAAGAGUCUAUCCACUUGUCAUUGCGGCACAUCCUUCCGAACCUACUCAAUUCGCAUUGGGAUUAACUGAUGGUGGAGUUUAUAUACUCGAGCCACUAGAAUCAGAAGGAAAAUGGGGCACGUUACCUCCAGAAAAUAAUGCUGGGCCUAGUACUGCAUCUGUUGCAGCCAAUUUAGAUCAGCCCCAAAGGUAGCUGUCGCUGGAGCACAGUUUGCGUUCACAGCUGAGCCAUGAGUGUAUGUAACCCUUUCAUGUGGCUCAGAAUCGUGUUCUUACCAAAGCUGCAAAAUUUUAGUUUCUUAGCGUAGGAAACUUGAGCUUAGACUUGUAGAGUAUAGUGUAGUUGCAGCUUUGAAGUGGUUAGAAAGAAAAGGACAGUGCUAUCUUCUUCUGUCAUAAGGAUUGUUGAAGUUCAGUCCAUGGUGUAAAUUUUGAAGAGGUAGUUUUUCUUACAGAGAGCGGAACUAGUGGCUUGUUUUAUGUGUUUCGAGUCUCUUGUUUGCCUGGACAAGGUUUCGACGUUUUCUUUCGAUCUGGAGUUUAAGAUGUAGUGUCUUUUUUUUUGGAAAGUUAAUACAAUUCUUAGUUUUAGUAGAAAACCUAGAUUUUGCUAGUCA